AGUAAGCCGGCGAGAGUCUUUCUUUCUUUGAUUUUUCUCUUUCUCUUUCUCUUUCUCCCAACAGAAAAUCAGCGAGAACGAGAGGGGAGAGGGAGUGGAAAGACGAGUUUGCCCUCUCGUUUCUUUCAAAUUUUCAUUCUCUCAGGUUCCGAUUCUUUGUUUUGUCACCAUGAACGAGAAGGCCAACGUCUCUAAGGAGCUCAACGCCAGGCACAGAAAGAUUUUGGAAGGACUUCUUAAAUUGCCAGAGAAUAGGGAAUGUGCUGACUGCAAAGCCAAAGGUCCAAGAUGGGCUAGUGUGAAUUUAGGUAUCUUUAUUUGCAUGCAAUGUUCUGGAAUACACAGAAGUCUUGGGGUACACAUUUCAAAGGUUCGAUCUGCCACCCUGGACACCUGGCUUCCAGAGCAGGUUGCAUUUAUUCAAUCAAUGGGAAAUGAGAAAGCGAACAGUUACUGGGAAGCUGAGCUACCCCCCAACUAUGACAGAGUUGGAAUUGAGAAUUUCAUUCGUGCAAAGUAUGAGGAGAAAAGAUGGGUUGCUCGAGAUGAACAGCCAAAAUCACCUCCCAGAGGGCAUGAAGAGAAUACUUCUGUUCAUUGGCAGAGACCUGUGGAAAAAAGUGGGCAUGCUGAAAACUUAUUUCCAGAGAGGAAGCAUGUUCAAGCACCAAGUACAAGAGUUUCUGCUCCUGCUACAAGAAUUAGUCUUCCUGUCCCCCCUAAAGGACCUGAACAGGUUACUCCUGUUCCAAAGCCUCAACAGGUAGUUCAGAACACUGAAUCAACAGUGGCACCAGCUGAGGCAACAAAGCAGAGUGCAAAUGCUACUCCUGUAGCAUCCCCUCCUAAGGUUGAUUUUGCUACUGACCUUUUUGAUAUGCUAUCCAUGGAUGGUCCGAGUGAAAAUGGCUCCGAGGCUACAUCUGCCGAUGAUGGUCUUUGGGCAGGUUUCCAGUCUGCUGGAGAAUCAUCAACAGCAGAGAAAACUGAUUCAACCAAAGCAGUUGAGAGUAAGCCCCAGUCUGCCCCAGGAAUUGAGGACUUAUUUAAAGAUUCAGAUUCUCUUGCAACUCCCCCAGUUUCAGCACAGCCCCAGAAAGAUUUGAAAAAUGACAUUAUGAGCCUUUUUGAGAAGUCCAAUAUGGUGUCACCAUUUGCUAUGCAUCAACAUCAACUUGCUAUGUUGGCACAGCAACAAUCACUUAUGAUGGCUGCUGCAGCUAAAGCUGGAGGUGGGGAUAAAAAAUUUCCCAGCAGUUUUCAACACCCUGGAUCCAAUGGUGCCAACUUACCCACUCAGAAUUUGCCAAACUUUGGCAACCAAAUUCCUGGAAUGAUGAUGCCAGUUGGAGGACAGGCUGACCUGCAGAAGCUUAUGCAGGCUAUGAGCAUGGCACCAGCACAGCAAGUGGGGGGUGCUGUUCCGUAUCCAACUUCCAGCAUUUAUUCUAUGGGACUAGCUACUCCAGCUAAUGGCACAACGACCCCAGGAACUGGAACUAGUAAACAGCAGGCUACAGCAUCCCCAGUUUCAUCAACUCCGGGUUCACAAACUGGAAAGGAUUACGAUUUUUCCUCACUAACACAAGGAAUGUUUACGAAACAUUGAGUGGGGCUUGGUACUGCUGAGAUUGCCAUACGAUACCAAAAUAGUUAUAUUACAGGGAAAUAGCAGCACACUUGAAGUUUUUUUUUCUUACUCCUGUACUGGGGGUUGUAAACUAUUUGUAGAGGCAUUUUUCAGUUUUCUCUUCUUAUUUGGGUGAUGUCUUCAUUUGUAUUAUCAGCAGAUGUAUCCAGAGAAAUAAAAAUGAGUUUUAGAUUGAUUUGACUGAUUUCCUCUUUGUCUAAUCACUUUUUCAACCUCUAAAUCGCAGCAUUAAUGGUUGUCAA